GUGCCGCAUUCUAAUAUUGUAAUUUUAACUGUACUCAAAGACCUGGAAAAUGUUGAAGAAUAUCGACUUGCGCAAAAUACCUUUGAAUGUUAUGCAAGAUUUCAUCAAUAUAAAUGGAAAGUUAUAAAUUUUUCAUCGAAUAAAACUUUGCAAAAAAUCUGUCCACAUUCAGAUUUUAUGUUCGCUCGACAUUGUGUUACCGCGCAAAUAAUGGAAGAGAGUGAUGAAGAAUGGUUUUUGUUUAUCGAUGCUGAUAUGGGAGUGAUAAAUCCGAAUCAUUUCAUUGAAGAAUGGAUUGAUAAUGAUGUUAAUUUGAUUUUUUAUGAUCGAAUUUUUAAUUAUGAAAUCAUGAGCGGAAGCUAUUUAGCAAGGAAUGUUCCUUAUUCAUUACAAUUUUUACGUUUUUGGGCAAAUUAUCAGUUCAAACUGCCAAACUCUUUCCAUGGAACGGAUAAUGGUGCGAUACAUAACGUUUUUAUGGAACUGAUAACGCCAGAGAUGGUUAAGGCUCGAAGAAUUUGCGAAAAACUUUGGAAUCGAUCAAGAACAUAUGACGAUUUAUAUGUUUAUGAGGCUUGUGCGCGAUCGGUGCUCGGUGAUUCGUCAAAAUGGUUCGAAAAAGUUCGAAUCCUUAGAAAAGGCACAUCAUGGGCUCGUGAUAUAUGGCUUACAAACUCAAUGUGGGGCAUGCGUGAUUUCGUGUUACAUGGCUGGCAGAAACGGAAAAUGGAUGCGGUUGUUUUCGCAUCUUGGCCAUCUCCAUUCUCUUCACACUAUUUCAAUAUGUCGCUAUGUGAAACUGAAGAUGCUGCAAUAAACUGGAAAUAUAAGGAUAGCUUUAUAAGGGAUAACGCUGAAAUAGAUCAAUAUUUAAAUAGUUUCAUCGAAAACUCAAGCAAAAAUCUCAUUCGUACUUUAGCAGAGAUCUCGGAGUUUAUAAAUCUAGACGAGGCCUAG